AUGCAAAAAAAAUCAGCAAGAAAUAUACUAAUUGAGGAUAAUUCUGCAUCAAGAUAGCAGCAGCUGAAUCAUUAUAAUAAAAUUCUAUUAAAAAUGAAAUUAUGAAAUUCAAAUUAUUGCAGGAUAUAACUCCAAAGCGAAAUAGAACUAUUAUUAACUCUCCUAGAAAUGGUUCAUUGCCACGCUCUUAUAGAAAUUCCCAAAUCUUACCCAAAAAUCCAAUCAAUGAUAAGUCUUCAUCUGCAGCCCUAGCUAAAAUUUCCCCUUAUGCCUCCCCUAGAGGUAGAAAAAGCAUCAUCCGCAAUAAAUUUUGCAGCCCACUUAUAGCUGCGCUCAAUACUUCUGAUAUGAAACUAAAAACUUCUAUCAACGGUAAUAUAAGUUCUCGAGAAUGUACUCAAGAAACAAGAAAAUCCUCAGAACCACCAACUCCUCAGCAAGAAUUCGAGUCCCUGCAGCUUCCUAUUACUCCUGGCACAGCCUUAUCAAAAUUUCAAAAAUAUUUAACCCCAUAUGAACAAGCUGAAAUUUUAUCAUAUAAGAAAAUAUAUUUCAUACUAUUGGAUUGAGUAUCAAAAUUUGGGGAUUUUGCUUAUAAAUCUAGCACAAAAUAAGAUUUGGCUGCCUAAUAAUUUUUUUAAAAAAAAAUAGGAAUAUAUUUUCUCGGACUAGGAGCUAAAAAGAUCUCAAAUAUAAAUUUAAAAAACUACGGAUAUGAUGACGAAAGGGGUGAUUAUAAUCUUAUUAUAGGAGAUCACAUUGAUUAUCGCUAUGAAAUUAUUUCCAUAAUUGGAAAAGGCAGCUUUGGGCAGGUCUGCAAAUGCUUUGAUAGAAAAAAGCAUUCCCUAAUUGCUAUGAAAAUCAUCAGAAAUAAGAAAAAGUUUUUAUACCAAGCUGGCAUUUGAAAUAAAGGUUUUAUCUCUUAUCUUAUCUCUAUCUAGUGGUCAACCCGCCUAGCGAUCCUUAUGGAUCAUUUCUUAAUCAAUCCGUUAUUCUUGUUUGCAGCAUCCUAUUAGCACACUUCUCUCUACACGUUCUGCGUGUUUCAAUGCUCUGUGUACCAGUGCAUCGUUCAUUCCUUCAUAGAAGACCUCUAACGCUUCAGUGUCACCCUCUACAGGUGAAUACGCUUCUAUUAUGGUAAGGUUACCUAUCGUUAGUGCAAUUGUCCUUCCUUGAGUUGAGUUUAUACUUUCUUCUAUAGUGAGACCCUUUUUAUAUAGAAACCCUACUCCAGCACUUCUGUCAGUCCCUGUGUUAUGGUACCAGUUAUACCUCUCUAUUCUUGGGAGCGCUUCGGAUGUAGAGCAAUGUGUUUCACACAUGCCAAUCACAUCCGCUUCAAUUUCUGCUAGGAGCUUUUUCUAUUUGUUCCUUUUUCUGCUUUAGUCCAUCAUGUUUAUGUGCGCUACAGUCAAAAAUCUGUGUUGAUGCUUCUCUUUAAUCUCUUCAUCUGUGGAUACUGUAGCCCAGCUUCCUGGGGUGUCCUUUUGCCGACGUCAUUUAUGCUCCUUAUUUCUUUCACUUCAAUUUUUUGUUCUUCUGCUCUUUCCCGAUUAUCUACACCUAAAUACCCUGAAUUAUUACUUUUGUUUUCUAUUGUCACUUUCCUGCCCAGAAUCUCUCCUACACGCAAUUUUGUGCUGCAUUUUUUCUUCCUCUUUUCUUUUCCUCCUAAUGCAGUCAGCCCUAAUUCUCUCUUGCCUCCUUUGCUCCAUUCUUUCAUGCCCUUCUUUAUUAUGGCCUAUUUGAUUGCAAGUGACACAAACUAAUGAUGUAGCAUGAUUCAGGUAAAGCCUCUUCCCUCUAAUGGAGAUUUCUUCCGGAAGAUCAACUGCUUCAUCAAUUUUACUAAAUUCCCCGUAUAUCUUGUAGCGUGAGUUGGGAUUGAAGUGCACUGCGUAAUAAAUCUCCCCAUCCUUCAAGGUGUUUUCAGCAAUAACUUCAACUACCUUUACACUUGGUACUGAGGUAUUCUAUAACCUCCUCAAUUCCAAUUUCUAUAGGUAGCGUCACCUGAAUCUGGUAACUUUGAAAAUUAAAGCUCACCGUUUUUGUUCAUCGGGCCAAUGGGGACAUGCCUCUUGCUAUCUUCUAGUUGUAUUGUGAUUUUACCUUGUUUCAGCAUUUGUCUUCUAGCUUGUUCGCUUGUGUAAAUCACUACGACAUCUCCUGAUGGCAAUUGCCUGCAUCUGAGUAUUUCUCCGGGUUUUGUCUCUAUUUCGAGCGCUAUCAUGAGCGCCAAAAACAAUUCCUUCUUUUCCACAUUCUGCUCUCUGUUGUCUUUGCUUCUAUUCAGGUAUUUUGAUAAGUAAACUUUCAUGGAGUUCUCAAGCAUUCGAGAUUCUUGUAAUUCUGGUAAUGUUUCUGUAGGGGCCGUGAAGCCGAAGAAAGUCCCACUCUCGCUUAAUCCCAGGUGCUGUAGUUCCGCAUCUUGGGCAGCCUUGAGCACGACCGUUUUCUUUUUCACCGACUCCAUUUACGCAAAAAUUAAAAAGAAAUAAAGGUUUUAUCAAUAAUUUCUUCUACCGAUAAGCAGGACUCCGCAAAUUUAGUCCAUAUGUAUGACAAUUUUACAUUUAGAAAGCAUAUUUGUUUGACUUUUGAGCUUCUCAGUAUAAAUUUAUAUGAACUUAUAAAAAAUAACAAUUUCAAAGGGCUACCUUUGAACCUCGUCAGACGAAUCGCAAUCCAACUACUCUACUCUUUACAAUUUUUAAAAAAAAAAAAUAUUAUUCACUGCGAUUUAAAGCCAGAAAAUAUUUUACUAAAACAUCUUACUCUCCUCAGCUCCAUGAGUGAGAAAAAUAUUUAUUAGAAAUUCUUAUUGUAAAAUCUAUUUUUUCAAAGUUUAAAAAUCCCAUUUCAAGAAAAUAAAAAAUUAAUUUAAACUUGCAAAUACUUGUGUUUUAGAAUUCAAUCUAUUCAAAAUGAAUUAUUUAGCUCGAAAUUCCAUUAUAAAAAUUAUCAUUUAAUAUCAAAAUAUUUUUAUAAAAACAACAUUUUGUGCUCUCGGGCAAGCAUGGGCUUUGGCGAAAAAAUAGGAAUUUUCCAAUGAUUUUACUCUCACGAAGGGUAAGAGUUAAUAAAUCCGGAAUAAAAAUAAUUGAUUUUGGCUCAGCUUGCCUAGAGGAUGAGUGCGUAUAUACUUAUAUUCAGUCACGAUUUUAUAGAGCGCCAGAAAUAAUCCUAGGAAUCCCAUACACAACUGCAAUAGAUAUAUGGUCUUUUGGGUGCAUUUUAGUAGAGCUCGCAAAUGCCUACCCUUUAUUUCCAGCUGAAAAUGAAGCUGAUCUUAUGACAAGGAUUAUGGAAAUUAAAGGGCUUCCACCAGAUAAUUUAAUUGAAAAAUCGACUCGUGCAAAUCUUUUCUUUAGUGAAGAACUUAUCCCUCUUAGUUUGCCGUCCCCUAAAGGAAGAAAUAGAAUACCAGGCAGUAAAUUGCUGACCGAUUUUUUUCCUUGUGGAGACAAACUGCUGCUGGAUUUAAUUGAAAGUAAAAUUUAUUUAGGAUGCUUAGAAUGAGACCCAGCCAAAAGAAUUACCCCAGAGCAGGCUUUAAAUCAUGCAUGAAUUCUUGACAUAAGCUUGAAGGCGGAAGUGAAAACUAGCUAUAUAAAACAUAGCAGAAGGCUGUCUUUACAAAAGCCGAAUCUGCCUUCAUUGAACCAUUCUUUAAGACUUUAA